GCGUGUCUGAGUACGGGUGCGCAGAGCGUGGCGUCUCGCCGAGGCGCGCGGGUAAUAUCGAACAGCAGACAGUGGCCUCAUUGACACUGCUGAGCUUGGUGGUCAGUCAUGGAGGAAGACAGUGGUGAAGUUGUGGCUUCAAACACCAGUGUCCAGACCACCACACUGUCCAGCAUGUCAACACCCUCUGCCCAGCACACACAACCUGGCCACACUGACCGGCACACUGUCCAGGUGAUCCAGCAGGCCGUACACAGGCCUGCAGGUGUGACUCAGUACCUGCAACAGAUGUAUGCAGCACAGCAGCAUCACAUAAUGCUGCAGACCCUCCAUCAACACCAUCAGCCCACUUGCCCUGCUGCCCACACCUCAGUGGGGUCUACUCAUCAGUCAAACAGCCAGCAGACCACCUCCUCUCCUUCAUCAGCCAAUGGGAGCAGUGCAGUCCCACUGCCCAGCUCUUCGCUCUCUCAACUCCAGUCCCCCACUGUCUCCGCCUCUACAGGGACGAUAUCCCAGCAGGCCGUUUUGCUGGGGAAUGGCUCGGCUCCUGGCAGUCAGGCUCAGAUGUACCUGCGCACUCAGAUGCUGAUUCUGGCUCCUGCUGCCACAGUAGCUGCUGAUCUGCCUGCUCUAUGCUCUGCCUCCUCUCAGCCCCUCUCCACACAGGUUCCGAGCUUGGCUCUGCGAACACAUCUUCCAGGAGCCCUCAGUGCUGCACAUGGCAUCCAGCUGAAGAGCACUCAGGGUCAGACUCUGGUCACCCCACUCCCAAGAAUGUCUAUAUGUCCCCUGAAAUCCACACAGCUCUCCCAGGCCCUGACUGAGACAUCCAGAACAGGGGCCUCUCCAGCUCUGGUGCGGCACCAGAUGAACUGCCCACCCAGCCCGAAGGGGGCAACUCCUCAGUUCAUCCUGCAGAGUGGCGUGGCUCAGAGGCAGGGGCAGCCGUUUGCUCUGCGGGUCACCUCACAGGACAGCAGUCACCCUUCACUAUCCCUGCUGUCCCAGACCACGCCAACCUCCACCGCUGUCCUAUCACAUCACUGCGAGGUUGUCUCAAGCCACACCCCUUGUGACCACCUGGCCAAUCAGAAGACAGAACAGCAGCAGUCUGUAGUGGCAUCUACUUCAAUGCUUCCGGCUCUACCGGACCCUCCUCCUCUUCAUCUUGCUCCAGUAGUGGACCCCCUGUGCCAUCCUCAGCCCCUGAGCUUCCCCCCACCUCCACCGCCCCUGACCUUGGCACCACCCCGGCUGUCUGCAGCCGCUCCUCCUCCACCCUCCGUACAGAGGCUGUCCUUACGCUCCGUCCAUGCACUGGCCGUGCAGUCUGACCACAUGCUGCUGUCAGAGGAUGAGCUGCCUGUGGCUGAGACUCUAGCUCAGCUGCCCUACCAGAACCUCCCACCUCCACAGACGGCAGCCGUGGACCUAAAGGUGCAGCCCAAUGCACACAUGGAUGCAGCCUUAGCCCAGUCACUGCAGGAGGAUCGUUUGGAUGUCCUGAGACAUGAGGUACAAAAAUGUCCCAACAGGAGCAGGACCCCCAGCCCCCCAGCACUGACCCCAACAGUAGAGAAGCACAACUCCUGCAGAGAUGUAACCCAGCACAACGCACAAACAGUUCCAUCAGAGCUGUCCUGUUUACAGUCCAGCAGAUCUGUUAUACAGUUAGCGGAAGGUGCAGCGCUCCAGCCUGCGGCAAGAAGCUCCAGCAGCAGCUCCCCCCCAGCCAGCCAGCAGCCCCAACAGGCCAGCAAUAGACCACACAUCCUCACACACCUCAUAGAGGGCUUCGUCUUCACAGAGGGGCUGGAGCCGUUCCCGGCCUCUCUGAAGAAGAGCCAACAGGCCCAGCUGCCCAAGACUCAAGAACUGCCAGAGAACAGAGAACCAGCACAGAGUGACCUUCUCCUGGACACAGAGCAGCCGGAAAACUCCUCAGACUCAAACAUGGACAACACAGCUGCUGAGGAUGAGAGGUCAGAGAUGAGUCCGUUAAACCUUCUGCAGUGUGAGUUCUGUGGGAAGAAGAGCUACACACACACUUUCCAUCGAUCCAAACGCUUUUGCUCCAUGACCUGCAUCAGAAGUUUUAACGUCAGCUCUACUGACCCUGCGGCCGUGCUGAGGGCCCACAGAGUGAACCACUGGUCCAGCAGGCCGAUAGGCCGCAGGGGGAGACCACCAGGCCGCAUGAACCGCACCCAACGAGAACACUUCUACAGACAGGUGACCGAGAGGAACAAUCUUCACUCCUACAGAGUGAUCACACCACAGGUGUCCGUCUCCUCACCCCGGGUAGGAGAGAAGAAGUGCGAGGACGCUCCAAGCCCCAGGACUACCAGGCUGCAUGGGCAGGUGGAGAGAUAUGGAGAAAGAGAGCAGGAGGAGAGAGAGAGGGAGGACUGCAGCAGCAGCUCUACAGGCCUGCUGGACUGUUCUCCUGCACUGUGGAGUGUGGAGCAGGUCUGCUCAUACAUCUCCUCGUUACCAGGAUGCCAGGACAUGGUGGCAGAGUUCCGCUCACAGGAGAUCGAUGGCCAGGCCCUGCUGCUUCUGACCGAGGAGCACCUGAUGAGUGCCAUGAACAUUAAAUUGGGGCCAGCACUAAAAAUCUGUUCUCAGAUUAACUCCCUCAAACGGCAUUAGAUCUAAGCCUAAGGUUUAUCUGAUCUACAAGUGUGAGCUUUGAAGUGAUCAGAGAGACCAGCUGUUUCUACAGCUGAAGUUUAGCUUCUUUACACUUGCAAUGGAGCUACUAGACUAAUGUAGCUAAGAAGUAAUAAAAGUUAAUGUUAGCAGUUUGCAUAGAAUAUCACACACUCUUCUCAAACUGUUUGAAUGUGUUAAGUAAUCUCUAAUAGAGUUGCUUAUGUGUUUCUGAACCUGUAUGACUGUUAUUGAGAAUAUGGGCACUGGUACUACUUGGUACAACAUGGACAAAAAUAUUGGAACACCAUGCAUUGUUUUUUAAGGGUAUUAGGAAAUUUAAGGGUAUUAAAAAGAGUUCAUCCUGCCUUUACUGCCCAGGAAGGUUCCUACUAGAUUUUGGAGCAUUGCUGUGAGGAUUUGAUUACAUUAAGAGACUAGAGCCUUGAUGAGGUCAGGGUGUAUGCUGAUCACUACCCACCUCAUCCCUAACUCCUGAACUUAUUGCAAAAUAGUGGAUGUCUAUGCCACUCUGGUCCACGCCUGACAUGAGGCAUGGCUCAAAUAAUGACAAAAGCUUUAAAAAAAAAAGCUGUGUGCAUUUGUCUCAGCAGAGGAUGCAACUUAAAAGUAGCAGAAUGCUCUAAUAACAAGAGGUGUCCACAAACAUUUAGACAUAUAGCAUAAUUUAGUCCAUUUACUAGAUUGUUUUUUAGAUCACUGAACACCACUACACAACACUUAAAUAGAGUGUGUGAUGAUUAAGACAUGUAAUUAGCUUGCAACAUGCUAUCUGGUGUACAUAAACUUCCAUUGCUAGCUUUUUUUAGGCUUUUAGCUCCAGUGUGAAUCUAAAGAAGCACUUAAGAUGACUAAAGUCGUUGUUAAUUUAAGCAUAAGAUGUUAUGUAAAUGUGAAAGAGAAUGACCUCUACUGAUGAUGAUUAUUGCCAUCAUAGAUUAGCAGUUUAUGCAGUUUACCCCUUUGGUUAUAGACAGAAUUAACAAGGUAAGAACAAGGUUCUCUGGUGUACUCAAUAUAUGUCCACAUGUUUUUGGACACCCCUUCUAAUGAAUGCAUUCAGCGAUUUUAUAUUGCACCCACUACUGACAGAGAUGUGCAAAUUUAUGCACGCAAAGCUUGUAUAGUCCUUGUUGAGAAGUACUCUUCGCAGCAUAUAAAGAUGAACCAAUAUUGGCACCUAAUGCUUUGAGCUGUGAAGCAGUAAAACAGUGUCCAGUACUUUUAUGAUGUGUUUGGAGUGGUGAUCAUCCAACACUCUGAUUCCACUUAUGCUUUUAUAGCUAAAUGUAAUCAAAUACCCAAAGCAAUGCUCCAAGUCUAGUAGAUAGGAUAUUGGACAGCAGACAAAGUUUCUCCAACAAAAGCAGGAUAAACUAUUUUUAAUACCCUUUCAGAAGAAAGAAACAAAGAAUUAGCAGAUGGUCCAACACUUUUGCCCAUGUAGUGUAUUUGAGUUAAUGUUUUGCUUACCUACAAAACAGACUUGUUAGAUGAGGCUGCGUUGUUUAUUACAGAGUUGUUAUAUACAGAGACAGUUAUAGAAUUUAUGUUUUAAAGGCAACGUUAGCAGCAGUGCUUCAUCUUCUGUAAGUUCUCUAGUUCACAAAUAAUUAUGAUAAUAAAUAAUUCAUUUUUGCUCUGCAUGUGUCUGCUUUUAAAUGAUGCAGGAAGGUUUUAGGGAACAUUUCUAUUAGUUUAAAUUUAGAGAGGACUGCAAAUAGUCCUUACUGUCAGACAAACAUCUAUAUCUGAAAACAGUAGCUUUGCAGGAAAAGGAAAAAAAAAACUUUCAUUGGAAUCAAUGUAAUUUUUCAAAGUCAUUUUGGAGCAUUUCUGUCCAGUAGUCAAGUAUAGCAGCACAGAAAACGAUUCGGUUCACACCUCGGUAUAAAACCCACGGUUCGGUACG